AUGAUCUUGCUCGAGUCGCACAACUACAUCAUCCAGACCACACUUGCCGAGAAGGCCCUCAAGCCCUCCUCGCUCGACGUCCAGUUCGUCGACUUCGAUGGCGUCCGCUUCCACAUGUCCACCCCCGACCGCAAAACGGCCAUAACCCUUUCCAUGAACAUCCGCUGCUGGGAUCAGCUAGUCCGCUACGGCGUCAAUGAUAUCAUGAGCCGCGAGUACGGCCCCUACAUCGCCCAGCCCGAGCCCGAGUACAACCUCAGCCUCGAAAUCGACCUCGAGCGACUGCCAGCAGAUCCAGAGGAGCGCGACGCCCUGAUCAAGUCCUUCGCCCUGCUCAAGCGCAACGCGCUCGCCGCGCCGUUCGAGCUCGGCUUCCAGGCCUGCAAGCAGCUCGAGGCCGCCGGCGACGGCCAGGGCGACCUCAUGUCACUCAACUACCGCGACGAGGAGGCCAUCUACGUCCAGGCCUCCUCCGACCGCGUCACCGUCAUCUUCUCGACCAUAUUCCGGGAAGAGACCGACCGCGUGUUCGGCAAGGUCUUCCUCCAGGAAUUCGUCGACGCACGGCGGCUGCCGCAAAUCCAGUCCGCGCCGCAGGUGCUGUACACGACGCGCACGCCGCCGCUCGAGAUCCGGCACCUGCCCGGGCUGCAGGACUCGGAGGACGUCGGCUACGUCACCUUCGUCCUCUUCCCCCGCCACUUUGCGCACCCGGCCGUCGCCGGCUCGACGAUCACCCACAUCCAGCUCUUCCGCGACUACCUCCACUACCACAUCAAGUGCUCGAAGGCGUACAUGCACUCGCGCAUGCGCCACCGCGUGAGCGAGUUCCAGAAGGUGCUCAACCGCGCAAAGACCGAGCAGGCGGUCGUCGACAGGAAGACGGUGAGCGGACGGUCCAUGACGGUGCGGUGA